GAUUGUGCUUGGAGCCAGAGCCAAAAUAGCUGAUCCCGCGCAGCGCCGGGACCAGCAAUGGGAGGCCGCUCCGUGGCCUCCAGGAUCGCCCGGCGAGAUCUUCCUCCGCCGCAAGGCUCCACCGGCGCAGACAACGGCGGGCGUAAAGCUUUCCACGAGAAGCCACCGCGCCUGCUGAUUCCUGUGUCUGCUAAAGGCCUAGCCGGAACCAGACAAUGCCAACGGGCUCACCCCCGUACGUACGCCGCAAUCAUCCGGCGACGGGCCAGCCAGCCAGCCCGACCUUCUUCCGUCCGCUUCUGGUCGUCGCCGGGGAAGAGGACGAUCGAAUUAGGCCGGCGCUGUCGCUGCACGUUUGACGCAUUAGCUUUCUGAUUAGCGAUUGCAUUGUCACGUCGGUUUCCUCCUUCCAACCUGGUCUAGCGAAACCGGCCGCGCGCUUGUGUUUUUUCCUUUUGACUAGCGGCCGCGCGCUUGCGUUGUCUGGACACGUGAUUGCGCAUGGGAUCCAGAGAGUUCUAUAGAAAUGAACCUGGAAAUUUUGUGCUAAUAAUUUGGUGGAAUGUGUGAUUCUGAUUUUUAC